CACAGCCGGCUUCUGAGGGAAAGGACACAGAUGAAGGAAAAAGUGGCCAUGUUGAGAGAGGACAACAGAAAGCUGCAGCAGGAGCAGAUCUUCCUGCAAGAGUCCUGUGAGGAGACAAAGAGGCUGUGUGAGGAGGCCCUUGAGAAGAUCGGUGACCUCUUGACAAAGCAGCAGCAGGAACAUCAAAGACUGGAGGAACACCUUCAAUUCCUACUGAAGCAGAAGGAACUGGUUACCCAGCAAAGGGACUUGGCAGUAAAGCUGCAGCAUCACUUCACUGAGUCCCAGACGAGGUUUGAACAUCUCCAGCAUGAACUGGAACAGACCACAGCCCAGGAGGAGAGCCUCCUGCCGAUGGAGCUGCUGCAGCUGGAGCGCUAUGUGCCAGGCAAGUGAGCCACCAUUGAGCCC